AUGAAUUAGAACAGGGAUGAUAUGUAAGGAUUUUCCAUUGAGGUCUAUAAUAUGCACAUUUUCACUUUCACGAUAACACUGGCUAAAAGACCGAGCUUUGCGUCUUCUUUCCAGUGUCGUAGCCAAGACUUUACGAUUUUCAGAAAUACUCUUCUUUAGGCCAGUGCUCUCAGCGAAAUAACACCAACAGCCAAUGAGGACUUCUUCUCUAUUCCAUAGGUUGAUACAUGCUCUUGUUUUUACGUGAACACUUGAAGGCAGCAUCAAACCCAGCUGAGCAGUUGCUCAAAGGAAGGACGCUAUAAACGAAACUUAACUUUUUCUUUCUUCUCAAAAUUGGUUUCGGGACAUCGAGCGAGACGCAAAAGAACGUAUCUAUAAGGGGAAAGUCAGCACUACACCCUCCAUUAUCAUGGCACAUUAUAGAGCUCCAGACUCCAAAAGGGAACAGUUUCGGAGAUAUUUGGAGAAAACUGGUGUACUUGAUAGUCUUACCAGUGUUCUAGUGGCUUUGUAUGAACAACAAGAAAAGCCCAAAAAUGCUUUGGAGUUCAUCAGGGAGAAUCUCAGUACCGCUGACACGACCUCGGCAGACUCUGAGACUCUGCUGCAGGAGGUGACUGACUUGAGGCAGAGGUGUGCCAGACUGGCAGAGGAAAACAAAGAUCUCAAGACAAGGCUGCAGCAUUAUGAACCAGAAGAUGGAGCCACAGCUGACUAGACCUCAGCAGAGUUUUGGUUUGAGAAUUUUUUGUUUUGUUUUGUUUUGUUUAUAGUGCUGUCACUUUGAAUUUAAAAACAAGACGAUGCUGUAAAGUGCAAUGCCAACAUUUUUUAUGUACCUGUGCUGAUUUUGUAAGUCUUAGUUCCAGCUUUGUUUCUUACAGUCUAAUUUAUUCUGUACAUGUAUGUAUGUAUGUAUAUAUGUUCUUCUUUCUUGUUUAUUCAUACCUUUAGUACAGAUUUACAAUAGAAAGUGCUUAAUAUGUGGGACUUUUUUAGGGCUCUGCAUGAGAAAAUAAUGUCUGAUUAUACUUCUGAUAAUUUUAUUUUUCUUGCAUAGUUAUAAACACACACUCUGUCCUGAUCUACAUGAUGGUGGGUGUGUGUCAAAGACACACUUAUACUUUAUUUCCAAAUAUCUGAUGUAAGUAAACAGUUGUAAAAACUGAAAAAUUUAAGUCGCUGGUAAAAUAAAGCACGGUCUUGUAAUUAAGAUAUUGUUAUAUCACUGACUCGCAGAGGGCCAUCAUGAGUCUAUACAUGUUCACCGUGCUACAAAUGUAAAAUUGUAGCUGUACACAAAAUAAUAAAAACAGUCCUACCAAAAUAUAUGUUGCAGCUGGUAGCUUCAAAUUGGGUUAAAUAAUUUUUCAUGCUAAUUAGGUAGGAAUGCAUGCAGUUAGUUGCAAUAGAAAACAAAGAUUUAUUCCAAAAACAUUAGGAAAAAAAUACAAAACAUACAGUACAAAGUCCUCUGUUGUUUCUCAUUGUUAAAUGUCAAGCAUUUAUUAAAAAUGUCAGUUGCAUGUCA